UGUUCCUGCGAGAAAACAACAAGGGGGUUUAUUCCUUCUCCAAGCGUUCACCAAACUCAAGGGCUCCUCAGUGUUGUCCAAGUAUGCCCGGCCAGAAUGAAAUGUUGGAUCUUCGUGGCAUCAUGGACUUUAAUUGAGAGGAUCUUGUUUCUAAAUGAUUUUUUUGUGUUUUUGUAAAGGAGAGGUUGUUUUAUUAUUGUAGCGGUGAGGAAUUGCGCGCAGGCCCCGCGGUCCGCGUCUCCUUUGCGUUCAUGUGUUUGCGCGCACGUUUCAUUUAGUUAUUAAAUGCGUUCAAAGCCUAAAGGACAACAUUUAUCGCCAGGAUCCGCAAAGGAAGGAAUAUGUUUGUUCCCUGGCUGACUUUUGUACUUAUCUGGGGAGGAUGGUGCACAGGAGGACCCAGUCAGGGGGAGGUGGAGACCAGAGAGUGCAUCUACUACAAUGAUAACUGGAGGACAGAAAAGACCAAUCAGAGCGGUUUUGAGCGAUGCGAGGGGGAGAAAGACAAGAGGCUGCACUGUUAUGCCUCCUGGUUGAACUCCACCGGAACAAUCCGCCUGGUGAAAAAAGGCUGCUGGCUUGACGACUUUAACUGUUAUGACAGACAGGAGUGUGUGGCCACAGAGGAGAGUCCUCAGGUAUUUUUCUGUUGCUGUGAGGGAAACCAUUGCAAUGAGAGAUUCACACACCUGCCCGAGGCCAUCGCCCCUGCAGUAAAGAUUCUGCCCCCGGAACCAGAGCCGUCUCUGUUGGGUGUGCUGGUUUAUUCUCUUCUUCCUUUGGCCAUUCUCUCACUCGCCCUGGUGCUCGCCUGCUGGACAUACCACCAGCGAAAACCACCCUACAGACAUGUCGACAUCGGCCAGGAUGCUGGUCUUCCGCCUCCAUCUCCUCUGGUUGGACUGAAACCACUACAGUUGCUGGAGCUGAAAGCCAGGGGGCGCUUUGGCUGUGUGUGGAAGGCCCAGUUUCUGAGUGAAUAUGUGGCGGUAAAAAUAUUUCCAAUUCAGGACAAGCAGUCGUGGCAGAAUGAAAGAGACAUUUACCUCACAGAGGGUUUUAAACAUGAGAACAUUCUACACUACAUCUCAGCAGAAAAACGAGGCACCAACCUACAGAUGGAGUUGUGGCUGGUUACCGAAUUCCACGAAAGGGGAUCUCUAACAGAUUACCUGAAGGGGAACCCGAUGAGCUGGCCUCAGUUGUGCCAUAUUGCCGCAAGUAUGUCCCGUGGUCUGGCUUAUCUUCAUGAAGAUCUUCCUUACAGAGCUGAGGGACCUAAACCAGCCAUUGCACACAGAGAUUUCAAGAGUAAGAAUGUUCUGCUCAAGAUGGAUUUGACUGCCGUGAUUGCUGACUUUGGGUUGGCUGUCUGCUUUGAGCCAGGGAAACCGCCAGGAGAUACUCAUGGUCAGGUUGGAACACGGCGGUACAUGGCUCCAGAGGUGCUAGAGGGAGCCAUUAAUUUCCAGAGGGACGCGUUCCUGCGGAUCGACAUGUAUGCUUUAGGACUGGUGCUAUGGGAGCUGGUGUCUCGCUGCACUGCCUCUGAUGGUCCUGUGGGUGAGUACCAGUUGCCAUUUGAGGAAGAGGUGGGCCAGCACCCAUCACUGGAAGACCUUCAAGAUGUGGUGGUCCAUAAGAAGAUGAGGCCCAUCUUUAAAGAUUGUUGGAUUAAACAUCCGGCUUUGGGACAGUUGUGCGAGACCAUUGAGGAAUGCUGGGACCAUGAUGCGGAGGCUCGACUGUCAGCGGGCUGUGUGGAGGAACGCAUCUCAACCAUCGCCAAGGCAACCAACACCAUCAUCACUUCUACCACAGAGUGCCUGGUAUCCAUGGUUACAUCUAACAGUGAUACAGACCUACCACCCAAAGAGUCCAGUACCUGAAUACUGACCUCUGAAACCAGGAGCAAACAUCAGGGACUGCGAAAGGAUGUUGGAAGUUCAUUGUUGCAGUGCGGACAUACCAGAACCUCUCCAGUAUUGUGAACUUUGCUGCUAAUAUGAUCUUAUGAUCUUCAUCUAUUUAAUUUUUUUUAUUUUUUUUUAUUUUUUUUUCUUACAUCGUUGGAUUGUUUCACGAGUGCAUUUCAUCUACUGUAUUACUCCUUGGGGAAGGCACAAAAAACCCUCAAAAGUGAUUAGACUGAACUCUCAGAGGGCAUUCAGGGAAUUGCUUCAGACUGCUGGAAUAUGAGCAUGUUACCUCAUCACUUUUAAUGCCAUUUUAAUGUUGUUUUAUAUCCACUCCUUGAAUACCUCCAUUCAAAAACCUUACCUGACAAUACCAUGACCUUGUCGUCACCCUACCUUGACUAUCCAGACCUUGUCCCAACCCUACCAUGACUGUACCUUAUACUAAUCCAACCCUACAAAGAAUGUACAUAAUCCUAUCCUAACCCUACCAUGACUGUACCAGAUUCUAUCCCAACCCUACAGCACUAGAUCCUAUCCCAAACCUACAAAGAACGUACCGAAUCCUAUCCCAAUCCUACCAUGACUGUACCAGAUCCUAUCCCAAGCCUACCAUAACUGUAAUAAUCUCAACCCUAACAUGACUGUAGCUGACCCUAUUCCAGCUCUACCAUCACUGCACCUGAUCCUAUCUCAACCCUACCAUGAUCGUACCUGAUUCUAAUCCAACCCUAACAUAACUGUGUCUGACCCUAUUCCAACUUUACCAUGACUGCUACUGAACCUAUUCCAACCCCACCAAGACUGUACUUGACCCUAUCACAACCCUACUAUCACUGUACCUGAUUCUAUCCCAACCCUACCAUGACCAUACCUGAUUCUAUUCCAACCCUACCAGGACUGUACCUGACCCUAUCCCAACCCUACCAUGACUGUACCUCACCCUAUCCCAACCCUACUAAGACUGUACCUGAUUCUAUCCUGACCCUACCAUGACUGUACCUGAUCUGAUCCAAACCCUACCAUAACUGAUUUUAUCCCAACCCUAACAUGACUGUACCUGACCCAAUCCAAUUUCUACCAUGACUGUACCUGAUCCUUUACCAACCCUUAAAUGACUGUACCUGAUUCUAUCCCAACCUAACAUGACUCAAACCCUGACCCUACCCUAUCCUUAAAAUGACUCUACACAGCACAUAUUCUAACCCUGCCAUGACAAUACCAGACCCUGUCCUAACCCUACCAUGACUCUACCCUGACACUCCUAACCCAACCAUGACAGUACCUGAUUCUAUCCUGAUCCUACCAUGACUGUACCUGAUUUGAUCCAAACCCUACCAUGACUGAUUUUAUCCCAACCCUAACAUGACUGUACCUGACCCAAUCCAAUUUCCACCAUGACUGUAUUUGAUCCUAUACCAUCCCUAUCAUUACAGGACCUAAUUCUGUACCAACCCUACCAAGUCUGUUCCUGAUCCUGUCCCAACCCUUAAAUGACUGAUUCUAUCCUAACCUAUCAUGACUCAAACCCUGACCCUAUCCUAUCUUUAAAAUGACUCUACACAGCACAUAUUCUAACCCUUCCAUCACAAUACAAGACCCUGUCCUACCCCUACCAUGACUCUACCCUGACACUAUCCUAACCCAACCAUGACAGUACCUGAUUCUAUCUUAGCUCUACCAUGAUUCUACCCUCAUCUCUACCAUGACACUACCCCAAUCCUACCCUGUCAGAUUGGAUUUUAUUAAGACUGCUUGACAUUGCAAAACAGUGGGAAAUCUGAUGACUGUUACAUGAAACCAAACUUCCGAGAGCACAGAAGGUCUUCUUUUUACUUAAUGAACUUUAAGCUUAGUUUUAUUGCUGUUUUAGUAUACCUUUUGUUCUUUGAAAUGUCCAUAAUGUUUUGUGGGAAGUUAUUCAUGUUUCUGUUUGUGACGGCAGUUGUCUGGGACACUGGAAGCUGAAGGCAGCAGGACUGUUAUCAUUAGAGUAAGCAUAGUGUUGCCUUUUGGAGUUGUCGGAAUCAAUUUUAAUGUAGCAUUCACCUCUUGUACUGUUAUCCUAAAGUAUCUUAAGUCACACAAAGUGUCAUCAUUAGAGACUUUGGGGCAUCCCGAGGGCUGUCACUGGUGUUGACUUUUAGUGUACCGUUCAGAGAAAGCAUCGCCAGUUUAUGUUUUCAAAUGCUGGUGGGGGUUUUUUUUUGUGUAAAGUUGACAAGAGCUGCAGUUAAAAUGAAGUAUUAGCUCUGCAGCUGUAUGAAGCAUGUUCUGUGGGACCAGCGCUGCAUACAGGUGAAGGUUUGGGUCAUGUUUCAACUCUAACUAGCUCUUAUUUUGAUCACAGCAAGUGUAUCUAUCAGGAAAGUGUGUGACUAUUUCUUCACAGCACUACUCAGGUAAACUCGUGUGUAUAUGUGAUUGUGUGACCACUCUUUACAGCAAUAGUUCUCAGCAUUUUGGUGAAUCUCAUGAACAAAUGUCUGAAUGAUAUUUCACCCCAAAAAUCAAAUAAAAAAAUAAUAUUAGGGCCAAAUAUGCAUGAUGACAUUAAUUUCAUGACAAUCAAGCAUACUUUCCUGCCAAAUUCUCUUUGCUGUAAUGUGAAAAAAGUCAAAGUCGUCUUUUUUCCCCUUUAUUAAAAUUGGUGAAAGUUAAAUCAAAUUUGGGGCGAAUUUGUCAUUAAAAAAGCAUCUUAAUGCACAAACAUUAUACUGGUUAUAAAAUGUAUUUUAAUAUAUAUUUUUAUUCUUUUGAUUUAGGGUGAAAUGUAACCCUUAAAUGUUUUGACAAGUUUUCGUGAGAUUCACAAACUAGCAAUCUUAACAGAGGAUUAAAAUCUCAGAUCUUGCCUGUCUAAUGCAAUCAUUUCACCAUUGCAAAAGACUGAAUGUACGUUGUGCUGUAAUCUUGCUUCGUGAAACUGUUCUAUUAUCUCAUGGAAUUGUAGUAUUGUGAACAUUGCAUCAUUCAGAAACGGAAGGCAGCUUUUAUCGAACUCAUUGGUCAGCUUUUGGUUAUUUUUCACAGUUAAUCAAUACUAAUAAAAUCACUGAAUCUUAACCUUCACAAGCUCAGUGAUUAGAUAUACCUCAGAUAUUGUGAGAUUUUUAUAAAGUAUUUUUUUCUGUUUUGAAGUAGCAAUAUAAAUUAAUAUACAGCUGCUUUUUGUGGUUAAAGAGAUUUUCUUGCCUUUUUUUAAUUGUUUCUUUUUAAAAGGUGCUAUAAAUUUGAUUGCCAGGUGCUCUGUGCAUUUCAUGAAGUUAUUGCUUUGAAUUAAACAUUCACAGUUAAAUGAUUCUGUUCAUAUUCUGUUCACCCAAAAGUGAAACUUCUGUCCUCACUUACCUUUACGUUGUUCAAACCCCAUAUAACAUUCCUUCCUCUGUGGAGCACAGAAGGAGAUGUUAUGCAGAAUGUUAGCUUCAGUCAUCAUUCACUUUCAUUGUAUGGAAGAAAAAAAACAGGUGCAAUGAAAGUGAAUGAUGACAUUUUGUUGAACUAUCUCUUUAAAUCCUCUCUCAAUUAGUAAAUUAAUAAUAUAGAUUUAAGUUCUCUGAAGACAUGCAAAUCUUUCUCGGUUGUAUUUUUGUUUAUGUGGUAUAUGCAUCUUUCCUUGCCUCCACCUUAGGAAAUGUGUUAAGUUGGAUUUCUCUAUCAAAUCAGAGAUUUGAAAUAUAAAGUAUUGCAGUGCAAGUUAUGCAAAUUUAGUUUAAGCCCAACAUUGUAUUCUAUCAGGUGUUUAAUUUUGUGAGGAAUAACUCCUCUUUUAAUGUAUAUAAGUUCACAAAAUCUGCUAACUGAUGUAGUUGAAAGCAUCUUUUACCUUUAAAACUAAUAUUUCUGUAAACCCAGAAGUGGUAUUAGGACUACCUAAGUAGAUUUCCAGUGGUCCUUAGCCAUCUUGAAGAUCCAGAUGUGUGCUGGAUUCUUAAGGAAAUGGUGGUCUGUCAUUUUAUUUUUACUGCUGCUAAUGUAGUAAAUGUAUGUUGUGUUGCCCUGUAGGGAUCACUUCAAAUUCUGCUGCCAUGUUCAGUAUUUUGUUGAAUUAAAGAUACCCAUGUUUAUCACUUACA